AUGAUCUGGAACUGUCAAGGGUUGGGGAAUCACUUGAAAGUCCAGAGGAUACGGGAGAUCAGUCGCACUAUAUCUCCGGACAUCUUCUUCAUUAUGGAAUCAAAAAACCCCACAGCGGUUGUACUGGAAAAAAUUGAGCACUUGGGCUAUGAUUUUCACUACCUGGUUCCACAGAAAGGACAUGGAGCAGGAGGAUUGGGUCUAUUUUCGAAAGAAAAUAUUACUCUUGAUGUUUUAGAUGCAACCCCCAACCUUGUAGACACUUGCAUAAAGUAUGAAGGAAAAAUAUUUUUUGCUUCAUUUGUCUAUGGCCACUCUGAUUACAUUCAACGUAGACCUCUCUGGAACCAUCUUACCGCACUGGCUGUAGCACGAGAAGCACCAUGGUUCAUAACAGGCGAUUUUAACGACCUCCAAUGCAACGACGAAAAAGUUGACGGAGCUUAUGGCUCUUUCAGCGACUUGAGGUCUUUUUACGCUGAAAGCGAUCUCUAUGACCUUCAACAUUCCGGCGACCCCCUCUCCUGGCGAGGACAAAGAGGAGAACAUUUCGUUAGAUGUCGUCUUGACAGAGCCGCAGCAAACUCUAGCUGGGCAGAGAGGUUUCCGACAGCUAGAAGCAUGUAUAUGGAGUAUGAAGGAUCAGAUCAUAAACCGCUACUAUCCAUCUUCGAACCAGGAAGGAAGAAAGCUAAAGGCAUCUUCCUCUACGAUAGGAGACUGAAAAACAAUCCAGAGGCUUCACAAGUUAUUCUUGAGGCAUGGAAAGAGGGUACAAACAAAUCAGUAUCGGAACGGAUUGCAAGUGUAAGGGGAGCCCUUUCGCUAUGGCACAAAGAAAAGAACUUGAACAGCAAAAUAAAGAUCCCAGACAAUGACGUUAACCUGAUACAAACUAUCACUGAAGGUCUACAGAAGGCGUACGCUGAUGAAGAAGCUUACUGGAAGCAGAGAAGCCGUCUUCUAUGGCUGAAACUUGGAGACCGAAACUCAGGGUACUUCCACGCUGCUACGAAGAAUAGAAAGCGAGCAAAUACUUUCUCGGUCAUAGAAGAUGAAGAGGGGAAAAUGGUUUACAAAGAAUGCCAUAUAUCUACGGUGAUUGUUGGAUACUUCCAGAAGCUCUUCACAAGCGUGGCACGAGAAGUGGAGGAAAACGAGGAACUCAUUGCGAUCCCCAAUGCGAGCGAGAUCAAGGCAGCUAUAUUUUCAAUCCACGCAGAUAAGGCCCCGGGGCUGGACGGGUUCUCCGCAAGUUUUUUCCACUCUAACUGGGAGGUCAUUGGAGCUGACAUCGUGAUGGAGAUCCAAUUUUUCACUACCGGAACUGUCCCACCAAAGAUCAACGAUACCUUUAUCCGCCUUAUCCCGAAGAUCCAAAACCCGCAAACGGUUGCAGACUAUAGGCCCAUUGCACUUUGA